AUGGAAGCUGAGCAGAAUAUUUUGAGGAACACAAUGGAAACAGAAAGACAGGAGUCCAAAUACUGAUGGAAAAGGAUGGAACUUGAAGUGGCAGAGAGAAAAUUAUCCUUCCCAUAACCUGCAGGAAGAAAUGCAUCAUGUUUUGGAACAGCUUGAGCAAGCAGGCCAAGCCCAGGCUGAACUGGAGUCUCGGUACUGUGCUUUGGAGCAGAAACACGAAGCAGAAAUGGAGGAGAAGACUUGUCACAUUUUGAGGCUUCAAAAGACUGAACGAGAGCUGCAGUCUGCCUGUGAAACCCUGAAGGAUCAAAAUUCAAAGGUUCUUCAAGAUAAAAAUGAACAGGCAGUUCAGUCAGCUCAGGCCAUUCAGCAGCUGGAAGAUCAACUCCAGCAAAAAUCCAAAGAAAUUAGCCAAUUUCUAAAUAAACCAACCUUACAGAAUCAUGAAACAGCAUCUCUGACUUCUUUCCCAGCUGUUUAUAACAAGGACUUACAGGCAGUUGCUGAGGGGAAUAUUGCCUCUUUGCAGAAGAAAGUGGUAGAACUGGAGAAUGAAAAGGAAGCCUUACUCCUUAAUUCUGUAGAGCUGGAGAAGCUGAAAGCAGAGAAUGAAAAACUAUCUUCUCAGAUUACUCUCUUGGAGACUCAGAUUAGAACUGGAAAGGAAGAUAGAGAAGUCAGCCAGGUCAGCAUGGAUGAAAGUACCAGGCUCAACAAAUGCAGCUCUUCUACUGAGGAAACUGGGCAAGAUAUCCUGGAAAACACAUUUUCCCAGAAACAUAAAGAAUUAUCUGUUUUAUUAUUGGAAAUGAAAGAAGCUCAAGAAGAAAUUGCAUUUCUUAAAUUGCAGCUCCAGGGCAAAAGGACAGAGGGGGAGGAUGCUGAAGUCCUUGAUCAGAAGGAAAUGAAACAGAUGGAGAAUGAGGGUAUAACUCCAGUUAAAAUGAAAGUAUUGCCUGAAGAUACAAAGCAAGGUUUUCCCUUAAUGCCAGAUGAAGAGAGCAGUUUUCUAGCAAUUGAAAAAGAAGAACAGGCAGGCACUGAACAUGAAGAUAGAACAUCCAAGGAAUUAUCUUUUAAUGGCACUGGAACGGAAUUGGCAUCAACAAAGCAGGAGGCUGUUGAUAAAUCCCGUUUUGUUAUACCAGAUAUCAGUCAGUGUCAGCAGGAUGAGUUGGAAAGGUUGAAAAGUCAAAUUUCAGAGCUUGAGUUAGGCUUUCAUAAAGCAGAAGAAAUCUAUGAGAAAAAUUUGGAUGAGAAAGCUAAGGAAAUAAGCAAUCUAGCCCAGGUGAUUGAGGAGUUUAAGAAAAAUGCAGAAGACACCAGCCAUGCACUCACUGCUUUGUCUGAAGAAAGAGAUCAGCUUCUUUCUCAGGUAAAGGAACUUAGUAUAGUAACAGAACUGAGGGCUCAGGUACAACAACUGGAAGCAAAUCUUACAGAAGCAGAAAGGCAAAGAAGAAUUGACUAUGAAGGCCAAACUACUCAUCACAACCUGCUUACUGAACAGAUCCACAGUCUUAGCAUUGAAGCCAAAUCUAAAGAUGUGAAAAUUGAAGUUUUACAGAAUGAACUGGAUAAUGUGCAGCUUCAGUUUUCUGAACAGAGUACACUGAUAAGAAGCUUGCAAAGCCAGCUGCAGAAGAAGGAAGGUGAAGUGCUUGAAGAGAAGGAACGUGUGAGGGAUAUCUCCAAUAGGAUGGAAGAACUUUCACAUACUCUUUCACAGAAAGAACUUGAAAUAGCAAAAAUGGAUCAACUUUUAUUAGAGAAAAAGAGAGAUGUGGAAACCCUCCAACAAACCAUUGAGGAGAAGAAUCAGCAAGUGACAGAAAUCAGCUUUAGUAUGACCGAGAAAGUGGUUCAACUGAAUGAAGAGAAGUUUUCUCUUGGGGUUGAAAUUAAGACUCUUAAAGAACAGCUGAAUUUAUUAUCCAGAGCUGAAGAAGCAAAAAAAGAGCAAGUAGAAGAAGAUAAGAAAGUUGUUUCUGACCUUAAACAUAAUUAUGACGAGUUGAGCCCUGCAGGGCUGAUGAGUAAAGAAGACCUUCAGCAUGAAUUAGACCUUCUAAAGAAAGAAAGUGAACAGAGAAAGAGAAAGCUCCAGGCAGCUCUUAUUAACAGAAAAGAACUUUUACAAAAAGUCAGUAGAUUAGAAGAGGAAUUAGCCAAAGUGAGAGAUCAACCUAGGAAAGAGAUCCCAUUUAAUGAAAGUGAGAAGAGUGAAAUGGAGGAAAACAAAGAGAACAAAGACUCAGAAAAAUGUGUGUCUUCUAAGUGUCAAGAAAUAGAAAUUUCUUUAAAACAGAUAAUAUCUGAAAAAGAGGUAGAACUAGAGCAUGUAAAAAAGGAUUUGGAGGAAAAGGUGGCAGCUGAAGAACAGUUACAGGGUAUGGUCAAACAGAUGAAUCAGAACUUGCAAGAUAAGACAAACCAGAUAGAUUUGCUCCAAGCAGAAAUCAUUGAAAACCAAGCAAUUAUCCAGAAGUUAACCACAGAUAACAAGGAUGCAGGUGAUAGAGACUCACCAGCACCUGUAAAAGAAGCAGUGGCCAUCAGUCCGGCUGGUGCAGGUAGUGGAGAACACUGGAAACCAGAACUGGAAGAAAAGAUACUGGAUCUUGAAAAAGAAAAGGACCAACUUCAAAAGAAGCUACAGGAGGCAUUGACCUCACGCAAGGUGAUUCUGAAAAAGGCACAGGAGAAAGAAAGGCAUCUUAGGGAGGAGCUAAAGCAACAGAAAGAUUGCUAUAAUCGCUUGCAAGAACAGCUUGAUAAGCAAAGCAAGGAAAACGAAAACAUUGGAAACCAACUAAGGAACCUCCAGAUUCAAGUAAGGGAGUCUGUAGACAGAAAACUCCCACCAGACACUAACCAGCAGGAAUCAGGCUCUCCCAUGCAAGGUUUAGAAGAACCUUUAUUCAAAGCCACAGAACAAGAACCUCCUCAACCCAUUUCAGAGUCCAACUUGGGCCCAGACUUGCCAUCUGAUCCUGGAGAUACAAAUGCUCUGCAGAGUGAUACUUCUAUAGCCCAGAUUAAGGCCCAGCUGAAACAAAUAGAGGCUGAGAAAGAGGAGUUAGAAUUGAAGGUUAGUUCUGCAACGAGUGAGCUUACUAAAAAAUCGGAAGAAGUAUUUCAGUUACAAGAGCAGAUAAAUAAACAGGUGUUAGAGAUACAGAGUCUGAAGACAGCAUCCUGUGAAACUGAAGCCCAUGCAGAAAGCUUGAAGCUGAAAUUGGAAAGCAGUCAAAUAGAAAUUGCUCGGUUAGAGCAUCUCAGAGAAUUACAGCCUGCACUAGAUGAACUGCAAAGACACAUAAGCAAGAAGGAAGAAGAAGUUAGCCACCUUUCUGUACAGCUUAGCAAGAAAGAAGAAACCCUUACCAAAGUGAAGACAGAGAUAAUAGAACAAGAGGACUUAAUUAAAGCUUUACAUACACAACUGGAGAUGCAAGCUAAAGAACAUGAUGAGAAGAUAAAGCACUUACAGGUGGAACUUUGUGAAAUGCAGCAAAAACCAGAUGAAACUGGAGAAGAAAAUAGAGCAAAGCAACAAAUACAGAGGAAACUGCAAGCUGCCCUUAUUUCCCGAAAAGAGGCACUGAAAGAAAACAAAGGUCUCCAAGAGGAGUUGUCUUUGGCCAGAGAUAGCAUUAAACACCUAACAAAGUCUCUUGCAGAUGUGGAAAGCCAAGUUUCUGCUCAAAAUAAAGAAAAAGAUAUAUUCUUAGGAAAGUUAGCUCUUCUUCAGGAAGAAAGAGACAAACUCAUUACAGAAAUGGACAGAUCUUUACUGGAAAAUCAAAGUCUCAUUGGCUCUUGUGAAAGUUUGAAACUAGCUCUGGAAGGUCUUAGUGAAGACAAGGAAAACCUAAUGAAGGAAGUUCAAUCUUUGAAAUGUUCUCAGAUUGCAGAAAUCACUGAGUGGCAAGAGAAACACAAGGAGCUACAGAAAGAGUAUGAAAUUCUUCUGCAGUCCUAUGAGAAUGUUAGUAAUGAGGCAGAAAGGAUUCAGCAUGUGGUAGAAACUGUGAGGCAAGAGAAGCAAGAACUGUAUGGCAAGUUAAGAAGCACAGAAGCAAACAAGAAAGAGGCAGAAAAGCAAUUGCAGGAAGCUGAACAGGAAAUGGAGGAAAUGAAAGAAAAGAUGAGAAAGUUUGCUAAAUCUAAACAGCAGAAAAUCCUAGAGCUGGAAGAAGAGAAUGAUCGGCUUAGAGCAGAGGUACACCCUGCAGGAGGUGCGUCUAAAGAACAUAUGGAAGCAAUUCUUUCUUCCAAUUCCAACAUGAAGGAGGAACUAGAAAGGGUCAAAGCAGAAUAUAAAACCCUUUCUAUAGAGUUUGAGGGUUUAAUGGCUGAGAAGGACUUUCUGAGUCAAGAGGUUCAAGAUUUGAGGUGUCAGAUAGAUGAUAAUGUAUCCAAACAAGCUAGCCUAGAGGCCUCUGAGGAACAUAGUAACCAACCAGAUAUUACCAAAGAGGCAGCACAGUCUGUGCCAGGUGAGGCUAAAGAGCAAGACUCGCUGAAUCAGAGCACAAGUCCUGAAUAUUCAGAAUCCAUUCUAUCAGAGCACAGUGCCAAGACAGAUCCUGACAUAAGUGAGAAUGUAACCUUACAUGAUGAAAUUAAUAACUACCUACAGCAGAUUGAUCAGCUCAAAGAAAGGUUUGCUAAAUUAGAGGAGGAGAAGCAGAAGGAUAAAGAAUUUAGUCAGACUUUAGAAAAUGAGAGAGAUGCCUUGCUUAGUCAAAUAUCAGCAAAGGAUGGUGAACUAAAAAUAAUUAAGGAAGAAGUAAAUAAAAUGAGCCUGUUAAAUCAGCAGAUCCAAGAAGAACUCUCCAGAGUUACCAAAUUAAAGGAGACAGCAGAAGAAGAAAAAGAUGAUUUGGAAGAGAGGCUUAUGAAUCAGUUAGCAGAACUUAAUGGAAGCAUUGGGAAUUAUUAUCAGGAUGUUACAGAUGCCCAAAUAAAAAAUGAGCUACUGGAAUCUGAAAUGCAAAACCUUAAAAAGUGUAUGAGUGAAUUAGAAGAAGAAAAACAGCAGUUAGUCAAGGAAAAAACUAAGGUAGAAUCAGAAAUACGAAAGGAAUAUUUGGAGAAAAUACAGGGUGCUCAGAAAGGACCUGGCAAUAAAAGCCAUGCAAAGGAACUUCAGGAGCUGUUAAAAGAAAAACAACAAGAAGUAAAGCAAUUGCAGAAAGACUGCAUCAGGUAUCAAGAGAAAAUUAGUGCUCUAGAGAGAACUGUUAAGGCUCUAGAAUUUGUUCAAACUGAGUCCCAAAAAGAUUUGGAAAUAACUAAAGAAAAUCUGGCUCAAGCAGAAGAACACCGCAGGAAGGCACAAGCAGAGUUAGCUAGCUUCAAAGUAUUGCUAGAUGACACUCAGAGUGAAGCAGCAAGGGUCCUAGCAGACAAUCUCAAGUUGAAAAAGGAACUUCAGUCAAGUAAAGAAUUCGUUAAAAGCCAAAUGAAACAAAAGGAUGAAGAUCUUGAACGAAGACUGGAGCAGGCAGAAGAUAAACAUCUGAAAGAGAAGAAUAAUAUUCAAGAGAAACUGGAUGCUUUGCAAAGAGAAAAAGUCCACUUGGAAGAGACAUUUGGAGAGAUCCAAGUUACUUUGAACAAGAAAGACAAGGAAGUUAAGCAACUUCAGGAAAAUCUGGAUACUGCUGUGGCCCAGCUUGCAGCUUUCACUAAGAGUAUGUCUUCCCUCCAGGAUGAUCGAGACAGGGUGAUAGAUGAAGCCAAGAAAUGGGAGAGGAAGUUCAGUGAUGCAAUUCAAACCAAAGAAGAAGAAGUUAGACUCAAAGAUGAGAAUUGCAGUGCUCUAAAGGACCAACUUAGGCAGAUGUCCAUCCAUAUGGAGGAAUUGAAGAUUAACAUUUCCAGGCUUGAACAUGACAAGCACAUCUGGGAGUCCAAAGCCCAGACAGAGGUCCAGCUUCAACAGAAGGUCUGUGAUACUCUACAGGGGGAAAACAAAGAACUUUUGUCCCAGCUGGAAGAGACACAAAACCUAUACCACAAUUCUCAGAAUGAAUUAGCUAAAUUGGAAUCAGAGCUUAAGAGUCUCAAAGAUAAGUCAGCUGAUUUAAAUAACUCUCUUGAAGAAUGUAAGGAAAAUAAAGAAAAUUUGGAAGGGAUCAUAAAGCAGCAGGAGGCUGAUAUACAAAAUUGUAAGUUUAGUUAUGAACAGCUAGAGACUGAUCUUCAGGCCUCCAAAGAACUGACCAGCAGACUGCAUGAAGAAAUAAACAUGAAAGAGCAGAAGAUUAUCAGCCUACUUUCUGCCAAGGAAGAAGCAAUCCAAGUAGCUGUCUCUGAGCUCCGUCAGCAGCUUGAUAAAGAAAUUAAAGAACUAGAAAACCAGCUGUCCCAGAAGGAAGAGGAGAAAACUGCCUUAGAAGAGGAGACCAGAAAAGCUGUUGACAAAACCAAUCAGCUUAUUGAAACACUGAAAACCUUCAAAAAAGAAAGCAAGCAGCAGAAAGCUCAGUUGGAUUCUUUUAUUAAAUCCAUGUCUUCUCUCCAGGAUGAUCGAGACCGCAUAGUAAGUGACUACCAACAGCUGGAAGAGCGACAUCUCUCGGUUAUCUUGGAAAAAGACCAACUCAUCCAAGAUGCUGCUGCUGAGAAUAAUAAGCUUAAGGAAGAAAUUCGAUGUUUGAGAAGUCAUAUGGAUGAUCUCAAUUCUGAGAAUGCCAAGCUUGAUGCAGAAUUAAUCCAGUAUAGAGAAGACCUGAACCAAGUGAUAUCCAUAAAGGACUGCCAGCAAAAGCAGCUCCUUGAAGCUCAACUUCAACAGAAUAAGGAACUGAAAAGUGAAUAUGCUAAGUUAGAAGGAAAGCUAAAGGAGUCUGAGGAAGCAAAGGAGGAUCUGCAGAGGUCCUCUGAUGCCCUACGGGAGGAGAAACAGGGCUUAUCUAAAGAGAUUGAGAGCUUGGAGAUGUCUGUAUCUCAGCUAAAGGGACAGGUGACAGCUCUGCAAGAAGAAGGUAACUUAGGAAUAUUUCAGGCCCAAUUAAAAGUAAAAGAAGAAGAAGUACAGAGGCUAAGUACUACCCUUUCCUCCUCUCAAAAGAGAAUUACAGAACUAGAAGAGGAAUUGAUUCGGGUUCAGAAGGAAGCUGCCAAGAAGGUAGGUGAGAUUGAAGAUAAACUGAAGAAAGAAUUAAAGCAUCUUCAUCAUGAUGCUGGGAUAAUGCGAAAUGAAACUGAAACAGCGGAAGAGAGGGUGGCAGAGCUAGCAAGGGAUCUGGUGGAGAUGGAACAGAAAUUACUUGUGGUCACCAAAGAAAAUAAAGAUCUCACAGCACAAAUUCAGUCUUUUGGAAGAUCUAUGAGUUCUCUGCAAAUUAGUAGAGAUCAUGCCACUGAGGAGCUUGAUGAAUUGAAAAGGAAGUAUGAUGCCAAUCUGAAGGAGUUGGCACAUCUGAGAGAAGAACAGGGUCUCUUACGCAGAGAGAGAGAUGUUCUUGUUUCUAAAACUGCCUUUGCAGAGAACUCCACUGAGGAGAACGACUUGUCUCACCUUGAGAAACUUAACAAGCAGCUCCUAUCCAAAGAUGAGCAACUGCUUCACUUGUCCUCACAACUAGAAGGUUCUUACAGCCAAGUGCAGUCUUUUUCCAAGGCUAUGGCCAGUCUGCAGAAUGAGAGGGAUCAUCUUUUGAAUGAGCUGGAGAAACUCUGCAAGACGGAGGAUGGGAAGCAGUGGUCUGCAGCCCAGCCUGCAGCCAAUCCACCUGAAGUACACAGUUUAAAAAAAGCUAUGUCAUCACUCCAAAAUGAUAGAGACCGUCUACUGAAGGAAUUGAAGAACCUGCAGCAGCAAUACUUAGAGAUUAACCAAGAGAUCACUGAGUUACGUCCGCUGAAAACUCAACUUCAGGAAUAUCAAGAUAAGACAAAAACAUUUCAGAUUAUGCAAGAAGAGCUCAGGCAAGAAAACCUCUCCUGGCAGCAUGAGCUGCACCAGCUCAGGAUGGAGAAGAGUUCCUGGGAAAUUCAUGAGAGGAGAAUGAAGGAGCAGUACCUUAUGGCUCUCUCAGAUAAAGAUCAGCAGCUCAGUCAUUUGCAAAAUCUUAUGAGGGAACUGAAGGCUUCUUCUUCCCAGACUCAGACUCUCAAAUUGCAAUACCAAAGACAGCAGGCAUCCCCAGAGACAUCAGCUUCCCUUGAUGGGUCACAAAACCUAGUUUAUGAGACAGAACUUCUCAGGACCCAGCUCAACGACAGCUUAAAGGAAAUUCACCAAAAGGAAUUAAGAAUUCAGCAAUUGAACAGCAAGUUCUCUCAGCUACUUGAAGAAAAAAAUACCCUUUCAAUUCAGCUCUGUGAUACGAGUCAGAGUCUUCGUGAGAACCAGCAACACUACAGUAACCUUUUUAAUCACUGUGCAGUCUUGGAGAAGCAGAUUCAAGAGCUCCAGGCAGGGCCGCUAAAUAUAGAUGUUGCUCCAGGAGCUCCCCAGGAAAAGAGUGGAGCUCACCAAAAGAGUGAUCCUGAGGAACUGAGGGAGUCACAGCUAAGCUUUUCCGAAGCCCAAAAACAGUUGUGUAACACUAAACAAGAGGUGAGCGAAUUAAGGAAGCUGCUGGAAGAAGAACACGACCAAAGAGUGGCUGCUGAGAAUGCCCUCUCCGUGGCUGAGGAACAGAUCAGGCGGUUAGAGCACAGUGAAUGGGACUCUGCCCGGACUCCUAUCAUUGGCUCCUGUGGCACCCAGGAGCAGGCGUUAUUAAUAGAUCUUACAAGCAACAGUUGCCGAAGGACCCGGAAUGGUGCCAGAUGGAAGAGGGUUUUGCGUUCACUCUGUCAUUCCCGGACCCGAGUGCCACUACUAGCAGCAAUCUACAUUCUGAUGGUUCAUGUUCUACUCAUUCUGUGUUUCACAGGCCAUCUGUAAAGUUACUUGUCACCUUUUGGACCCUUCUCCACAGAGCUUGGAAUUCCUCUUUCCCCUAAUGUCACAACCAUCAAUUCCAAUGGAACAGUCUUCCCAUGUACAGAUCAUCUCUCCUAUUCUCCACGGAAAGUGCCUGCAGAAACAGUGGUGGAUAUGUGCACAAGUUAGAGUUGCAGGGAUCAGUGAGUCUGCUGUCUUCUACUAAGGCCUAAACAUAUCUGUGUAAUCUGAGGAGGCCCCACAAUUAGUUUUUGAGCUCAAUAUUCAGAUUUUUCAGGGCUUGAUCAUCUUUUAUGAUCCUGUAAAAAGAUGUUGAGGGGUGUCUUUCACCUAGGAGGAUAGUUCCAAUAAACCUAAUAAUCUGAAGUCCAGUAUCAUUGUCUCAUUUGCCCCUAUAUUUUCUCCUGCUUCAGGGGGAAGGUGGUGCUGCCAUAAACAAGUUAUGGGGAGUGAUCACAUCACCUUAUAGGACAUCUUGUACUAUGGAAUGGGAGGGGAAGAACUCCCCAGGGGCUUAGCUUGUAGCUACUUGGUCCCAGAAGAAGACCACCUUACCUUCCUUGGCUGUUCAGAGAUAAAUGAGGGUUUAUAUUUCUGGAUUAUAAAGACAGGAUCUCAUUGCCUAAGCCCCGGAUUGCAUGUAUACAAAAGGUUAAGUGACUCCUGCUUUUCCUUUUACGAAAAGACAGGAAGAACUAGCUGUGGUCAGUGUGUUUCAGAUUCUUGACCUUAUCUGGAUAUUCUGCCAAUAUGGGACCUGAGACAGCACCUAGGGGCCAACAGGAGCCAAUCCUAGGUGAGGCAUUGACUCCAAGCCAGAAAGUCUUUACUGGUCCGACCAGGGACCACACUCCUCACUCCUAGCCUCUUAGAGUACUAAGCUACUUUGCUGUUGGUGGCAGUUACUCCACUUUUCUCAGUCCCAUGGUCAUGUGCUCUCUGCAGUAAUAGAAGGCUGAGACAAAAGGAGUGGAGGAUAUAGGGAAGUUGAAAUAUUUAAACCUAGGUCUGAGAAUGACAGGCAGGAUUGAAUUCCAUUUGUGCCUACUCCCCACUCCCACCUCCCUCACCACAACCUGUACCCAUUAAUUAUUUCCUCCUUACGCACCUGGUGUGUUUCCUGCGUGUUCUCACAACCCAAAGAAGAGAGAAGACUGGUGGACUGACUUUUCUGCUCUAAUUCUUUGUUCUGUGAUGACCAAAUCGUGGUCACAGCGUCCAAGGAACUUUCCUGAACAAUUGUAAAAUAAUAAAGUUAUUUUCAAAAUGAA